UCUGGUCUAACUCACAUUACUAAACCUCAAACCCUUCUAUUCUUCUUUAUAUAUAACUCCAUUUCUCCCCCACUUCUUCUACCAAUCAUUUUCUCAUUUAUCAAACCUCUCAAAACACUACUUAUUCCCAACCUCGCACGAAUCUCUCCUCAAACCUCUCCCCCGAAUAUCGAAAAAAUCUCGAAAAUUCGAUAAAUUUUGUAACAUGUUGAGCUCACUAGUCUGCGGAAGCGGGAGUUUCCAAGACGAAGAUGAUAUUGAACUUUCGGAGCUGCUCAGAUCAUGCUCCUCGUCCGCCAAAAAAACGUCGAAAAUUCUGGGAACCAGGCACAGCUUCAGCUCGAAAAGUAAGGACUCGAAGAACCCGUAUGCGGAUCGAGGGCUGGAUAAAUUUAGUGCACUUUUAGCGGAGCUGGAUUCGAAGAGACAGAAGAUUUACACUCAGAAAGGCUCUGAAGAUAUUUCUCUGCUCGGCUUUGCUUAUUCGAAUUCUUCGGAUUACAAGCCUAUUGUCGUUAGAGUGCGAGACAAGAAACCAAUCAAAACAUUGAUCAAAGCACCAGUGAAGCUGGCUGAUCGGAGUGAUUCUCAAGUUUCGAAAAAUGUUGUCGAAAAAUCUGAUUAUGAUUUGAAGCAAACGAGAGCAGAAUCGAAUCGUGUUGAUCAGAAAAAGGCGAGUCCCGAGAAAUUCAGACACGUGAGUGUCGAGUAUCUGACACGGCCUUCUUAUUAUGUUCCGGUGAUCAUAAUCUUGAUUCUGUUGUUCUUGGCUAUUUUUGGAAAGUCUUUUGCGAUUUUGUGUGUUUGUAUAGGAUGGUACAUCAUUCCUGCAAUCAAUUCAGACAUCGCGAAAACAAGCACAGGGAGGAUCAAAACGAAAGAUCAAACGAGUCACAAGACGAAGAAUGCAUCGAAUUUUAACAUCCGUGAUCAUCGGAGAACGCCGUCUUCGCCUACAAGUGUUCUUACAGGAAGCAAGUCACCUCCUCAGCAUGGAUCUCCCCUGCAUCCCAGGAGUCUUACAUGACAACCUAUACAGUCUUGUUUAAUUUUUAAUUUUUUUUAAAAUUUUUAGGUUGGUCGGAGAUGGAUGAAUCUCGAUGUUUAACAUGAUCAGCUAGAAGAUUAGUGAUUAUGGGUUGUUGUUUGUGUUCUUGAAUGAUUUUGUAAUUAGUUUUGUUGUUCAAGUGAAAUGAUGAUCACAGCUUGUUAA